CCUGUGCGCUUGGGCUGCUCCGGGAAACCGCUUUUUGAUUUUUUGUUCCCCAGCCCGAAGCGCCUGCCCUUGACCUGGAUCGGGGCUGUGUUAAGGAGUCAGAGGAGCCUUCUCGAGGCUCAGCAGAAGCAGAACACCUGGGAACAUGGCCCUGCGAGAGAGAGGAGCCAGCACCAGCUCCAGGGAUGACAGGCAGGAACAGAACAGUAAUCGUGUUAUUACAAUUGUCUUCCUGGCACUGUUCAUUGACUUGUUGGGAUUCGCUCUCAUCUUGCCACUGUUUCCUUCCAUCCUGGAUUAUUACAGCCAGGCUGAGGAUGGAUUCUAUUUGUCAUUGCAACGUGGUGUGGACUGGUUUGCAGGGAUGGCUGGGAUACCUCCAGAGAGGAAAUACAACAGUGUCUUGUUUGGAGGUCUGAUUGGCUCAAUCUUUUCCAUCCUGCAGUUCUUCUCCUCUCCCCUCACUGGUGCUGUGUCAGACUGCCUGGGCAGAAGGCCUGUCAUCCUGGUGACAGUGAUGGGUUUGAUAGCAUCAUACUCACUCUGGGCUGCCUCUAGGACUUUUGGCGUUUUUCUUCUCUCCAGGAUCGUAGGUGGAAUAAGCAAAGGGAAUGUCAGCCUCUCCACUGCUAUAAUUGCUGACUUGCACUCUCCAAAAGCACGGAGCAAGGGCAUGGCCAUGAUUGGUGUUGCUUUCUCCCUCGGUUUUACCCUGGGCCCCAUGAUCGGUGCUUACCUCGCUAUGGAGACAGAGAAGGGAGAAGUCUUCUAUCUCCGGUCAGCACUGCUAGCACUGCUGUUUGCUGUGGCUGAUUUAGUGUUCAUCUUCUUCCUACUUCCAGAGACACUUCCCAAGGAAAAACGGGUCUCUUCUGUGACAUCUGGAUUUCAGGCAACAGUCGACUUGCUCAGCCCUUUGGCUUUAUUUCAGUUCUCUGCGGUCACCCGAGGAAAGGAAUCCCCUUCCCAGGAGAAUCUUCAGAAUCUCAAAAUUUUGGGGCUGGCUUAUUUCCUGUACCUCUUCCUGUUUUCUGGCUUGGAGUAUACACUGAGUUUUCUCACUCACCAGAGAUUCCACUUCAGCAGCAUGCAGCAGGGCAAGAUGUUUUUCUUUAUUGGAAUAACAAUGGCUGUGAUCCAGGGAGGCUACGCUCGCCGAAUCAAGCCAGGAAAUGAAAUCAGAGCUGUAAAAAGGGCUAUUAUGUUGCUGAUUCCAGCUUUCUUGUUAAUUGGAUGGGCUGCAAAUGUGACCAUGCUGAGUGUUGGACUGUUGCUGUACUCCUUCGCUGCAGCCAUUGUUAUCCCGUGUUUGUCAGCAGUGGUGUCAGGCUAUGGCACUGCCAGCCAGAAGGGACGAGUCAUGGGGAUCCUGAGGAGCCUGGGAGCCCUGGCCAGAGCCCUGGGACCCAUCCUGUCGGCUGCAGUUUACUGGCUGGCUGGGGCCGAGAUUUGCUUCACUGCCUGCGGAGUUUUGUUCCUUGUCCCCUUUGCUUUACUGGGGUCUAUAAAACAGCAGAAAAAGGAGGAGUAAGGAAGGAACCACAAAACUCUCACCAGCUUCCAGAGACUCCUGCAAGACCUGAGUCUUGGCACCUGACCCUGCUGAGCAAAUAGGAAUGUUUUGAUCUUCUGGAAAGAGAUAGAUACACAAUGACUAUUUGCAGCGACAACACACAGCAGUUGCGGCCUCCCAGCCAGGUGGGCUUUGCAAAUAGAA